CAGAGAGCCGCAAACACACUUUCACCUCUGCUACAGCUGAUCGUCUAUCUUAAAGCCUGAAGAUGCCUCUUUCUAGCAGCUCCACGUCCUCCACCAAGAGCAUCCGCAGAGCCGCGUCCGAGCUGGAGAGAUCGGAUUCCAUCACGUCUCAGAGAUUCGUCGGAAGACGGCAGAGUUUGAUCGAGGAUGCGCGGAAGGAGAGAGAAGCUGCCGCGGCAGCGGCGGAAGCAGCGGAGGCCACCGAGCAGAUCGUGUUUGAGGAGGAGGACGGAAAAGCGCUGCUGAACAUCUUCUUCACUUUGAGGAACUCGAAAGCACCUGCGCUGUCUAAGACACUCAAAGUCUUCGAGACGUUUGAAGCCAAAAUUCAUCACUUGGAAACUCGACCAUCUAGGAAGUUGAGGGAGAACCUUCAGGGCCUGGAGUACUUUGUGCGCUGUGAGCUGCACCUCUCAGAUGUCAGUACUCUGGUCAGCUCUAUCAAGAGAAAUGCAGAGGAUGUCAAAACCACCAAAGAAGUCAAAUUUCACUGGUUCCCAAAGAAAAUAGCAGAUCUGGAUAGAUGCCAUCAUCUGGUCACAAAAUUUGAUCCAGACCUAGAUGAAGAUCAUCCUGGAUACAGAGACCCUGCCUACAGACAGAGAAGAAAACUGAUCGGGGACAUUGCGUUCACAUACAAACAUGGGCAACCAAUUCCCAGAGUGGAGUACACAGAAGAGGAGAUUAGCACAUGGCGUCAAGUCUAUUCGACCCUUAGAGACUUGUACAUCACCCACGCCUGCAAAGAACACCUCGAGGCCUUUCGUCUGCUGGAGAAGCACUGCGGCUACAGUCCAGACAACAUUCCCCAGUUGGAAGACGUGUCACGCUUCCUUAAAGAACGCACAGGGUUUCAGCUGCGUCCGGUGGCAGGGCUCCUCUCAGCCAGAGACUUUCUGGCAAGUCUGGCAUAUCGCGUGUUCCAGUGCACCCAGUACAUCCGACAUGCUUCUUCCCCUAAUCAUUCCCCAGAACCGGACUGUGUCCAUGAACUCCUGGGCCAUGUCCCCAUGUUGGCUGAUCGCACUUUUGCCCAGUUUUCACAGAACCUUGGUCUGGCAUCACUAGGAGCAUCAGAUGAAGACAUAGAGAAACUGUCUACACUGUACUGGUUUACAGUCGAAUAUGGUCUCUGUAAGCAAAACGGUGAGGUUAAGGCUUAUGGGGCUGGGCUGCUUUCUUCCUAUGGAGAGCUUGUGCAUUCUCUCUCUGAUGAACCAGAGGUGCGGGAGUUUGAUCCAGAGGCUGCAGCGUUGCAGCCCUAUCAAGACCAGACCUACCAGCCAGUCUACUUCGUUUCAGAGAGCUUUCCAGAUGCCAAGGAGAAGUUCAGAACAUACGUAGCAGGUAUCAAGCGUCCUUUCUCGGUGAGGUACGAUCCGUACACAUGCAGCGUCGAGGUGCUGGACAAUCCUCUGAAGAUCCAAGGCGGUCUGGAGGGUGUGAAAGAUGAGAUCAAGGUGCUAACCGACGCCCUCGCCGUUUUGUCAUGACGGCCUCUGCCGGUUGUUAGCUUUCUCUACGCUGAGCUCUGGAGUGUCCAAAGUGUGACGAGACUAACGUGCGUAUCUUAAUGUGCUGUAAAUCCAGUAUGAUGUUGAGUUGUUGCAGUUUGUGUGUGCAGGGAAAGGGCCAACAAUGUUGACCACUUCCCCCAGUGUGAAUGCACGUGUGGAACAAUGUACUGUGGUUCUACUUGACUGGAAAAAUUCAUGCUUUAAUAUGUAAAAGUGUUCACAUGUACUAACACCGGAGGCACAAUCAAUGAGAGUUGUAUUUGUGAAUGUAUUCAAAGAAAAUGAAAUAAAUAAUAUGAAUUAUUUUAAAAUCAAAGAAAUGUAGCAGCUUAGUGGAGAUUGUAUUUCAAAGUGUAUAUUUUAGUCCUUUGUUUUACCAAAAAUAUCUAUAUUUAAAUAUAUUGUAAGUGCUUCUUAAAUUAUUUAUUUUUCUGCAUUGAAUAGGGGUUUUCACAUUAAUUUGUGUGUGCUGUAUUUGCCUCAUUUGGUUAUACAUGCAUGAUGGAAAACGAGUAAAAAACGAAAAAGGUACAUCCAAUAACAAUUGCAAAUAAGCAUUGUUAACUAACUGUUGUUAGUUUACUUGGGUUUUGCACUGUGUAAAUUGUCAAAAAAUAAAUAAAUAAAUCAAUCAAAUAAGACGUUCUCAUCUAUAUGCCACAAGAGGGAGCACUCCUACAGGUUGAAAAUGUCUGAUUGUAAAGUUUUACGGUUUUACUAUGGAGAUUAUCUGAUCAAACAAAUCUUGUUCAUUCAUCCAGGCAAAACCCACAAUAUUCUGUUUUUCCAAAUCUAAUACUUUGUAUUAUGGUUUCCUUUUCUAUACUGAACUGUAUGUCUGCACCUACACCAUAAAACAAACUGUUAGAAUUGAAUUGCUUUUACAGGAGAUUUUAAGCGUUAUUCAAGUGUUCUAGAUAAGUGUAAUGGCUGAAGACAAAUUAAUUAGCUUCAUUCUAAUUAUUUUUCCUAAUUACAGUGUAACUGAAGAAGUUACGAGUGGAUAAAUUACCAUUCCUAAUUUUUAUUAAAUAAAUUUGUGAUACAGGUCUGGCUCAAUAAAUUAAACUACAUGAAAAAGUUGAAACACAGAAAAUUUAUUUAUCAAAUUUUACGGAUGGUUAAGCCAAAAAAAAAAAGGCUCAUCCCAAAGAGGUUGACUAGUCACAGACUGGCGUAUUCAAACUAUUAAACGGAAAACUGAGUGGCAGGAAAAAGUGAGGUAUGUGUGUUGUUUAUAUAUUUUUUGAGAACCUGAACUUGAGACUUUCUUCAUCUGUAAGCCUUGAUCAUCAUCAA